AUGUCUGAGGCUUUCCCGCCUCCUUCACACAACCUUGGAUCACUAUGGAGCUCGUUGUGGGAAGUGGACAGAAGCCAAUGGCGGUGGCAAGCUCCAAGAGCCCAAGAUCCAGUACCAAGAGAAGUUACACCUAGCAGGGUGUACGAAUCGACCGAGUGGAAAGAGAGCACCUCCAGAAGCGCAGCUAAAAAAGAUUUCCCUCGGACAAAGGCAGCAACAAAACCGUCUAUUCAUAAAGAUAUCUCGGCAAUCCGUCACAAACUUAAGUUGUGUCAAACCAACGACUUACCGGCUCUCUGCAACGAUUUCAAUCAACUUUUCAAGCAUAACCUAACCCUCGGCACAGUAUCGGAAAUUGCAAUUACGGAUGCUCUGAGAAGUAUAUCUAAGGACCUUCACAACGCCUUUCCGGGUGAAGCAGCAACCCAUUGUCUGUCAUUUUACAAGGCGACCUGGGAUGGCCUUCUCGCUUGCAGAGUGCUCCAAGUAGAGCAAUUGGGGAAUGGGAUCACACAGAAGUUGAUGCAGCUUUUAGCUAAGCUCCCUUCAACUUCUGAUGUACUGUCAUUCGCUCUCAGCAUCAUACCCAGGUUGUCUCGAAACCAACAGGACGGUGCCAGA